AGGGAGCGGCCGACGGCGGAGAGCGCAAACAACUCGUCAAGACGGGGCCGUUUAAUUACAACCGAGCUGUUUUAUUGAGAUCGAGUGACUUUUAAGGACCACGCCUCGCGCGGGAGUUACCUACCAAGUCUGCGGCCAUGGAGCUGUCUGAAAUACUGUACAACAAAGCGGAGUAUAUUGAAACGGCGUCAGGUAAUAAAGUGAGCAGACAGUCUGUUCUGUGUGGGAGUCAGAACAUCGUCCUCAAUGGCAAAACUAUUGUAAUGAAUGACUGCAUCAUUAGGGGAGACUUGGCCAACGUCAGGGUUGGCAGACAUUGUGUUGUCAAAAGUCGGAGCGUCAUUCGACCACCUUUCAAGAAGUUCAGCAAAGGCGUGGCUUUCUUCCCUCUGCACAUUGGAGACCAUGUCUUUAUUGAGGAGGACUGUGUCGUCAACGCAGCACAGAUAGGGUCUUAUGUCCACAUUGGGAGGAACUGUGUCAUAGGUCGUCGGUGUGUACUGAAGGACUGCUGUAAGAUCUUAGACAACACUGUGCUUCCACCUGAGACUGUAGUUCCUCCCUUCACCGUCUUCUCUGGAUGCCCAGGUCUGUUUUCCAGCGAACUGCCGGAGUGCACGCAGGAUCUGAUGAUUGACGUGACCAAGAGUUACUACCAGAAGUUCCUACCCCUAAGCCAGAUUUAAGUCCCGCCCCUUUCAUCUUCAUGCCCAUCAACCAAUCACAGGCUAGUCCCCAGUUCCUCUGAGCAGAGUGACGCGGAGUGUUGAAGUGCUCGUCUCUUCUCCUUUUACUGCCCGGCGCCGUUUCCACGCCCGAGGAAAACCAUACAGCCUCAGUAAGAGUGUGAGGCUGCCAAUAACAAUUGCCUACAUUAUGUUAAGAAUUACAUCGUUAGUUUCAUUUAGGAAUUUACAAAUCAUUUCUAUUAUAAAAUGUCGACACGAUCCCAUCUACAAGUGGUUGAAAAGAAGUUGAGAGCUUAAUGUUAUAUUGUAAUAUAUAUCCAAAUUUCAGAACCCUGAAUAAGAUCUGUUAUGUUAUGGGUUUGUUCGGUACACUUGAUUUUAAAGCCCUUGAGCAUCUCUGAAGGGCUGCUCAUUACAAGGACACACCAGAAACCAAGAAUCACAACAGGGCGCAUUCGUUCCAUAGUCAAGAGUUCUGGUGGUAAGCCAUAUAAUUUAUCUCAGCUUCACUUGGGACGGUAACGCCGUGUGAAGGAAAGAUAAGAGCAGUGGAAGGAAGGAAGGAAGGUGAUGGAUGGAGAUGGGAUGAGGACUGCUGGAACACAGCCUGUUUAGAUUUAAAUGUGUGGACCAAAUGGAGGGUGGAUGUGUUAAACAGCCCCACAAGGUUCUGACUUUUUCCUGCAGGCUGGGAUGACGGGACUAUUCACAACGGAAUUAUUCACAUCCAAAUUACAUUCAGACAAUACACACACACACAUAACCAUAUAUGCAGCAACAAAUAAGAUUGGGCCGACGGAAAGGAUGCUGUGUCAUCUCGUAGUCAGACACCCUCGUAAAUACAGCAGGUUCUCCCUGAAGCUCUGCCAGCCCCACUACAUCAAGCUACAAACCCUUAUUUAAUUAUUUUCUAUUUCGUCGUUUCCGAGUAUUUCUUGUCAUUAACUGCAUAGAUUGUUUGCUUGUACAGGUGACGCCUGUUGUAUGUUUUGCCCCCUGGAAACACAGCCGCCGUAGCCAGCGCCUCAUGUCGCCUCCAAGUACAAGCGAAUAAAAUGCUUUUCGAGA